AUGCCGAGUUCAAUCACACCUGAUGGUGGCCCCGAAGUGGCCAAAGUCGAAGAGCAAGACUAUUAUCAAUUGCUUGGCGUUGAGAAAACGGCGAGCGAGGCGGAAAUUAAAAGCGCUUAUCGGAAACUGGCGCUGAAAUACCAUCCGGAUCGGAAUCCUGGCGACACUCACGCGCAAGAGCAAUUCAAGCGUGUCUCGAUAGCCUACUCGGUGCUCAUCGAUCCCAACAAGCGACGACAGUACGAUGUCAGCGGUCCGUCGGAGAAUCAGCUCGAUUUUGAAGGAUUCGACAUUUCGGAGAUGGGCGGCGUCGGGCGUGUGUUCGGUGCGCUCUUCACAAAAUUGGGUGUGCCGAUUCCGACGCAAAUUGUGCCCAAAGUGCUCGCGCAGGCUCGCCAAAUCUGCCUCGGACAAGAAUGCGAGGUGUCGGCGAGAGAAUUGAACGCUGGCGAAGUGGUUUCAGCGAGUGUCUCGAAACAGAGUGCUCACUUUUAUGGAAUUGACGUCAAAGAGAGCUAUCAGAAGUUGGGAAUUAUGAUUGUGUGCAAGAGUCCGUCAUCCAGCAAGUUUAAGCUUGUGCUUUUCGAUAGAGAGGGAGGAGUUCGAUUAAUUCAGGAGAGCCAGAAGCGCGGAAAGGGCACCCAAGCUGAUAUGUUUUUUGUUCCAUACACGAUUGCCAAUAUUGGGGAAUUUAAUGCGAUGAAAUAUCACCUGGAAGACAAAGAAACUCCCCUCCCUUUCCAUUAUUUGGACACGUUUGAGACCCAGACUGCCCAGUUGUUGGAUACUAGGAAACAUUAUAUAUGUGUCUACGGUGAUAAUUGGAUCAAUGAUGUCAAGUACACGAUAUCGUUUAUACCGGUAUCGGAAGAAGCGAAAUCGAAUUUGGAAACGAUUACAGAGAUUGAAAAGGUAUUGGCUGAAAAGAAGACAGAGAUGCUGAAAUUCCAGAGAGAAUUCGCUGAAGCUAAACGAAAGUUUGAAGAGGCGGUUGCCAGGAUUAAAGAGGAGGAUAAAACGAUCACGGAAAACUUGAAAUUGCGUGAAAGCUUGUACGAUCAGGUCAUUGAGACGAGCCGAGCACCUUUCCAAAAUCAGGUUUCGCCUUCAAAAUCUUCGAAAGGAUUCUUGGGAAAAUGAUUCGCCGCUGCCGGUGUGCUGACCGUAUUAACAAUGAGCUAUAAUCAUCAACCGCGAACUAUAUAUCUGAUUCCGACGACGUGCGCGCGACCCUCGCGUCCGAUCGUCCGCCAAAAUGUGAAUUCAUCAGUGGCGGCUCGUCCGCAGAAACGCGUUCUCAGCUCAUCGGAACCCGAAGAUAUUGUUUCGGAGCUUCUCGGUGAGACUCAUGGCGCGCAGGGACCACGCAAACGCGAACGUUUGACACAUUUGACCGCCGAGCAGAAGCUCGACAGAAGGAAAUACAAAAAUCGCGUGGCCGCGCAAACCGCCAGAGACAGAAAGAAGGAACGAUCGCAAAAAAUGGAAGAAGUUAUGAAGAAACUCGUAAUCGAGAAUAAACGACUCCAAGAGGAAAAUGCGAGGCUUUUGGCAGAGAAUGAGCAGCUUCGCCGACAAUCGACAUCGACGCAGCAGCCUAUGUAUGCGCCAGUGUACACAGCGGCUCCGCAGCCUGCUUCGUACGUCACCGAUGAGACCCUUGAAUCAGCAGCAUUCAUUAAUGCACCCCAGCAGAGGGUCCAGGCUCAUCAACGACAUGUCGCCAAUGAAAACUUCGACAUCGUCGACGACAAUUGGGAAAUUGAAAAGAUCAUUGAAGACCUCAAGAACUCUGACGUCGACAUUGACAAGCUCAUCCAGGAUUUGCCGCCUUUCGAAGAGUCGCCGACAUGCUAUGCGUCGACCGCGCCGUAUCAAAAAUCUUCGUCGAGUGCCAUGACGUCGCCGUCGCUGACGACGACGACAAUGAAUCAAUGGGACGACGACGACAGUGCGGUGUUGCUCGGCGAUCCCUGCCUCGGCUUCCAACCAUCUCCAACUUGCUCAUCUUCAUCCUCAACAUUUAUUGAAUCGGAUAGCGAUUGCUGGGCGGAGCCCAUGGAAUAUCAGAACGUUAUCUAUGAUGGGACAUUUCCAAUAGAGUAG